AUGUUGGAUGCUCCGAGUUUAUUGGACGAUUUUUGUUUGAACAAUUUUUUAAAAUUAUUUUUUUAUUUUUUAGAUACAAAUUUAAUUGAUUGGAGUAAAGCAAAUGUUGUGGCUGUCACUUUGGGGAAUAAAAUUUUCCAGUGGAAUGCGGCAACUGGGGCGGUGGAUGAAUUGAAAGAUUUUGAAAAUUUGGAGGCUAAUCCAACAGUUGCAAAAUGGUCGAAAGAAGGGCAGUAUAUUGCUAUUGGAUUUUCUGAUGGGACUUUAAAGUUGAUCGAUUCAAUCAGUAAAAAUGUUCUUCGAACAAUAAGAACUGAAAGAAUGCGUUUAGCUUGUGCUUGUUGGACAGGAAAAGGAGAACUUAGUUGUGGCUCUAGAAAUGGAAAAAUUUAUCAUCACGAUGUUAGAAUGCCUAAAUCUUUGAUUAGCGUUUUCUCUUCUCACUCCAGCGAAGUUUGUGGUCUUAAAUGGAGUCCAGACGAACACUUUCUUACAAGUGGGGGUUCUGAUUGUUUAGUACAUGUUUGGGAGAAGACACAAUUAUCUAAUUUUAAUGCGCCUCCACUUUACCGAUUUGAUGAUCACAUUGCAGCGGUUAAAGCUAUUGAAUAUGUGCCUCAAAUAGGCCUAGGCCCUUCCAAUUUGGUAGCCACUGGUGGAGGAACGCGUGACCACACAAUUCGUUUCUGGGAUCUUAAUGAUGGCUCGCCUUAUUUUACGUUGGAUACACAAAGCCAGGUUUCUCUUAUUCUUUUUCAUUUCUUAAACUCUGUUUAA